AUGCUCAAAUUUGCCGAAUCAUCAAUUGAUUUCUCAAUUAUCACGAAUUCGAACGGAAAACUCAGGUUUGUGCUAAGAGAAAUUCGGAGGAGUAUAAAAAUGAGGCAAUUGCAGUGUGCGCUGUGAUGGAGCCCGCAAAGAAAAGGACCCGGUCGAAGUGCAUGAGAAAGUGACCGAAAGGUUUGUUACAUGUCAACAAAUGCGAAAAAAUAUUGGGAAAUUUAUAAUUAUAUUUAAAAAAACUACUUCUUCAGAUCGCCAUCUCCGUGCUCAUCGCUCAACAGCUCCGUGUGCUCCAGAAACAGCGACUCUUCGGUCUCGUCGGAACUGCCUCUGAUCGCCGGCGCCCGUCGUCGAGUUCUCUCUUCCUCUUUGCAAUCCGAGGACGGUUCCGAAUCGGUUUUCUCGUCCGACGUCAGUUUGCCACGUGUCAAAUCGAUCUCGGAACUCUCGGAUUCGUCGUUCAUCUCCUGCGUUUCCUCGAUUUCUUCCAUGUCGAUUCGGACGUUUCCGUCGCACGAAACACUCAUAGCCGACGAUUAUUCCGAUGAGCAAAUCGAGGAUGUUGUUAGACAGAGGGUAAUUAUUUUUAUGUGAAAUAAUGCAAUGUUUCUGUGCAAAGUACAGAAGUGCCUUUUUCUAGGAAUCCACUAAAAAGCGUGUCGCCGAGACGAGAAUCGAGCCGAAACCGGAGAAAAAGCUGGCGACACACACGCAGACUCCGCCCACUUUCAAACCGAAAGAGGACCGUUUCGGAGGAUACAGUCAAGAGGAAUUGGAGAGAAGUUGGCGCAAAACGCAGGAGAAAAUGUGCAGACCGAGGUGAGGAUUUCUCUAAAACAACUAGAAACUUGCAAUUUUUCAGUAUCUCACCGACUUACCCGCCGCGCAAAAAUUCGCCAAAAACCGAGACUUCGAUCACUAAUUCGAACAGAAGCUUCACCCGUAUUCCUUCACUUCUAAACCGUCCGCCGACGCAGCCACGCCCCCUUAUUCCGAGCCGUCCGGUCCCAGGAUCCUAUGCUUCGGCUAUCAGGUUCGGUUGAUGUUUUCAGAAAUGUUCACUUUUUUUUAACGUUAAUAUGAAGUCGUCUAUAUAUUAAAUUUUUCAGAUCGCCCGUCUCUGCUCUGGCUCCACUACCAGUUACAGAGCAGACCGUCAAAUUGACCAUCUCUACUGAUACUAACGGAAAAAUGAGGUACCUGUUUCAAAACAUUUUUUAAAUACAUUCUACAUUUCCAGAUUGAAUUUUUCGAAGGGAAUGACAUUGGAAGUGUUCACCAUCGAUGGAAUCGUCGGCGAAUCGGACAAUAUCGAGAUUCACAAGGAAAUCGACGGAAAAAACAAUAAUCACUAG